AAUUGUCAUCAAUUGGUUCAUAUAAUUAAUUCAUUAAGCUGGCUGUCAGAACGGUAAUACAACCAGGAUAAUAUCAACCUAAAAAAGUCUAAGUUGUAGGAACUAAUCGAAUCUUUGUCCUUGUCGCAAAUCUCCGCUCUUCGUUUCAUCUCCCAUGCACACACACGCAUAAGUUAUAUAUUCGCGAAAAGCCCGAAAAAUCCAUGAUAGCGAAAUCAUCGCUCGUAAGUAGAAAUAGUACGAGCAAUGUACGGCAGAGUCCGCUAACUCGGCUGGUCAUAUGAUCGUCAUGUGAGCAUCCCACCACCUCGUGAGCGACAAAGACAGACCGACACCCAUCUCCACGAGUGCAAGCGAGACAGAGAGCAGACGACGUCGCCCAGCCGCGCAGAAGCACUGCGGGUCAGCACCACUAACCGAGUAGCAGCAGAAGUAGCGUGCGCUCACGGGACACCUCGACGUCUUGACUGCUGCUACCACUGGGCGUUGACGUCUGCUGACUUGCUUCGCAACUAGCUCGUCGUCGAAAACUCCACGACACUCUCCCCGAUCACCAGGAAGUCUGCGCAAGCUUCCCCUUCGUUUUAAUCUACUCGUCGUAGCUGCCCAGAGGCCAGCGCACAAGCGAGCAACAUGGCUCUCAGCGAUGCUGACGUUCAGAAGCAGAUCAAGCAUAUGAUGGCCUUCAUCGAACAGGAGGCCAAUGAAAAAGCUGAAGAAAUCGAUGCCAAGGCAGAGGAAGAGUUCAACAUUGAAAAGGGACGUCUGGUCCAGCAACAGCGUCUCAAGAUCAUGGAGUAUUACGAGAAGAAGGAAAAGCAAGUUGAAUUGCAAAAGAAAAUUCAAUCGUCUAACAUGCUCAACCAAGCCCGUUUGAAGGUGCUGAAAGUACGCGAGGAUCACGUCAGGAACGUAUUGGAUGAUGCCAGGAAAAAGUUAGGAGAAGUCGCUAGAGAUCAGGGAAAGUAUGCAGAAAUCCUGAAGCUUUUGAUCACUCAAGGACUUUACCAGCUCAUUGAGUUGAACGUAGUAGUCAGGGCACGACAAGCCGAUCAUGAUUUGAUUGAAUCAUUGAUGCCAGCGAUUCAGCAAGAAUAUAAAAAUGUUGCCAAAAAGGAAGUUCACUUGAAGAUGGAUACAGACAACUUCUUGCCUCCUGACAGCUGUGGAGGAGUAGAAUUGCUAGCCGCAAAAGGACGUAUAAAGAUCGUCAAUACGUUGGAGAACCGACUGGAGCUGAUUGCUCAACAACUUGUUCCCGAAAUCCGUACAGCGCUCUUUGGCAGAAAUGCUAAUCGCCGAUUCACCGACUAAAUUCGCGAGCGCGCUAGACGCGCCGAAACAUUCCCGUAUUACAUCGCGUUCCGUGCAUCUGUAUACAGUUUGAAAGUGAAACCACGUUAUUUUUAUGCACGUGCUAAGAUACAAGUUUUAUCGUACUAAAAGAAACGCGAUUAGUCUUUAUUGUUAUUCAUCGUGUAUUAUAGCACGUAAGUUUUCUCCGCUUUAGUAUUUUCAUCGUUUAAAUUUGGAUAUAGGAUAUAACAUAAGGGCCUCUGUUAUGCAUCUACGAUCUGUUUCAGAGAAAUUAAAAGUUGUAAAAAAAAAGUUGAAGAAGAAAGCUUCCUAGUGUUUUUGCCCUCUGUAUUUCAUUGUAAAUCUGUUGUUGUUCGAUUGAUUAAAAAAAACACAAUACUCUUGGUGGAAUGUUGUUUCUUUGUACAUAAAGCAAUUAUAACAAAAUUAACAACAACAAUGAUGUAAUAAUAAUAAUUAAUAAUAAUAAAAAUCGUAAUUUACGACAAUAUAAUGUUGCUGUCAUUUCUUCAAAAUAUAUAGGAACUGACAUAGAAUGUUUAAAAACUCAUUUUGUCCGUUUGUAUAUACUGUAAGCUUGUUCAUAAUAUAUAUAUAUAUAUAGUAACAUAAAAAUAUUACAUAGUCAACGCUUGAGCGCAUGCAGCAUACUGUAAAGCAUUACAAACUAAAUAAGGACAAAAGGGUAGAUAUGUUUAGCGUAAAAUACAUUCAACAACGCGCGGCAUUCGACACAAUCGUCGCGCCGUUUAUACAUUUGUUAACGGCUCACAGAGUAAUAUAUGUACACAUUAACAUUGCUGGAUAUAACCCAGUAAUAACAAGACGACAAUAAAGGAGACAGUAGAACGGAA